GGGAUCGGAGAGUUUUUAUGUUUCGGGAGAGUGGUUUGUCUGGCAGUCAGAGGCACCGCAUAAGUUUAUUUUUCACCCGUGUCUUGAAGGAAAAGUAUUGGAAUAGACAGAAAGGAAUGUAUUUCACGAUACCCCACCUCUGCUGUGUAUUGAUUAGUCUUAUCGCAGGUGUAGGCCAUGGCCUGGAGAUCACGUCCCAGGGGCUCACGAACAUAGAGAAGGCCAGCGGUGAGAGUGUCAAGCUGGAUUGCCAGUUUUCUCUGGCCCCCGAGGACUCUGGACCCCUGGACAUCGAAUGGAGCCUGCUGGCCUCAGACAACCAGAAAGAGGACAAAGUGGUGAUCCUGUACUCUGGGGACAGGGCCUAUGAGGACUACCCUGCGGUGAAGGGGCGGGCCCACUUCAACUCACCCGACCCUAAGAAUGGCGACGCCUCCAUCAACCUGACUGGUCUGAAGUCCUCAGACACGGGGACCUACCAGUGCAAGGUGAAGAAGGCCCCAGGCAUCCGCAGCAGGAAGAUGAUACUGACCGUCAUGGUGAGGCCAUCCAAGCCCAGAUGCUAUGCCGAAGGCCCCACCCAGGAGGGUAAGGACGUGGUCCUGAGGUGUACGUCCAGUGAGGGGACCAACCCCCUGCAGUACACCUGGGAGAAGACCAGCGACAACAAGAUUCUGCCAGCCUCAGCCGUGCUAGACCCUGUGGGAGGUACCAUGAAUGUAAGGAACGCGUCCACCAGCUCCUCUGGAACCUACCGCUGCACAGCUAAGAACCGUGUGGGCAUGGAGGAGUGUAUUCUACAGCUUGGCAUCACUCCCCCCCCCAACACUGCUGGUAUCAUAGCUGGAACCAUCAUCACUGUGCUGCUGGCCCUCAUCAUCAUCGCCAUCAUCCUCUUCUGCUGCUGCCGCGCCCGCAACAGGAAGAAGUACGAGAAGGAGAUCUCUUACGAGAUCAGAGAGGACGUUCCCCCUCCGAAGAGCCGCGUGUCGACGGCUCGCUCUUUCACCAGCGUGGGCAGCCAGCGCUCCUCCCUGGGCUCCAUGUCCCCCUCCAACCUGCACGAGUACGCUCUCAAGCCCCAGUACGACAAGAUCCCCUCCGUGGAGGAGUACGAGAGGCCCCCCAGCCACACACCCCUGCCACCGCCCGUCGCCAGCAAGAUGGCCGGCCGUAACCUCAGCCGCAUGGGCGGCAUCCCCGUCAUGAUCCCCGCCCAAAACAGGGACGGCUCCAUCGUGUAAUGGAGAGAGUGAGAGAAGGAGAAAGGGAGAGGGAUGGGAGGGUCUGGGGGACACUAGCCAGAGAGGAGGUGGGGUGUCUGGGCUGGAGAGAUGGAGGGGAGGGGCUGGGGGACACUAGCCAGAGAGGAGGUGGGGUGUCUGGGCUGGAGAGAUGGAGGGGAGGGGCUGGGGGACACUAGCCAGAGAGGAGGUGGGGUGUCUUGGCUGAGGACUGGGCUGACUGAUUUUAUAUCCUCCACCACUCAACACCAACUGGGAGCCCCCACUCUGCUCUGCUCUAUGGAGGUCUGGAUGUGGUGCCGUACUGAGGAGAAAAUAGAUGCAGUACUGUACCAUAUCACAUCAGACCCACUAUGAACUAUUUACUGAAGACAAAAAACAACAGAUCCUUUUAUGAAUUUUACUUCCUGAUCUUUCUGACAAGCAGACACACAAAAAUACUAGGGUGGCUAGCUACAUUUUAAUGGUCAAUUCAGAAAGGUUGCUUUGUAUAUAGUUGAAUGCAUUAAGUUUUUUAAUCCAGCUGGCCCUGUCCGUAGAGGUGUGUGCAGAGCAGACCAGGGUCUCUGAUUGGCCUAUGGUAGGUGUGUACUGUGAAAGUUUGACAGCUGUAUGUGUAUGUUUCUGGGGGUGGGAAAUGUACAGUUCUCCUCCACUGUCUUUGAAUGAAAUGCCCACAAAUGUUUUUAUCAAAUCACUUCAGUAAAAUUGUUUUUUAAUAUAUGACAUAUUUGACAAUAACCCCCCCCACACACACACACACACACACACACAUUUGUUAAAUCUAUCUUAAGAAUAGGGUUUGCCAAAGGGAUUUAAGAUUUCUGCUUUUUAAAUGAAUUUGUUAUCAUGUAGUUACCUUUUUAAAGAUGUUCAUUCCACUGGUUGGACUGGCUGUUGUAAUGGGUUGUUAUUUCUACAGUUGACCAUUUGAAAGGUCCAGCUUGGGCUGGGCGGGAUGUACGGACAGGGUUGGUAAACGACACAGGAGGGGGAGUUAAAGCCGCCACAUCUUGUGAUUGGUGGAUUGUUGUUUCUUUGCCGGGCUUACACCCCAUCUUCCCCCUUUCUCCCCCCCCCCUCUCCUCAAGUUCCUAGAACUGGCAGUGUUUUGAAGAAUAGGGGAGUGUGGGGUGAAGGGUGAGCUUCACUGAAUAAUCAUAUUUGAUUGUGUUUAACUGCCACCAGCUCAGGCCCCCAACCCCUCUGACCCCACCAGUACACCCCUCCCCCAACACACAUUCCAUAUUAGCAGGACGACCGCGGUUACACUGUACGCUAUUAUUAACCAUCUCUGUUGUCUAACCAUCCAACCCAAAGGUCUCCCCACAGUCGUUCCCAGAAAACAUUCUCUAGUUGUAACCACAUACCUAGGAUUCAAUAUCGCAAUGAACCACCUCUCUCAAUGGUCAUUAUUAAGUUAAGUGUUUCAUUCAUGCACCACCAUUUAUGAAGGAUAAACGAAUAAAUGAAGGAUGUACAUGUAUGUUACAUGAUAUAAUGUUAGUAAGUAUGUGACAUGCUAUAUGGAAGGAAGUGAGUGUAAAGGGGAAGAAGUAAAAGCUAGAAUACUGAGUCACAGGUGUUCACAGGUUUAGGCUGCACCUACAGUACAGUAAGUCUGUUUUCCAGGGUUCCCAUGCUGUACCCAUGCUCUAUUACUCUAAUACUCAGUCACAAUAGGCUGGUCUCCAGUCUUACUCACAGCCCCAGUGCUUCUACUCAGCCCAGAUUACUUGUUUCUGUGAUUGACAUCACUGUGCCUUGUCCGUAUUGACUUUUAUUACACACAUACUGUUGUAGCCACAAGCCCCUAAGUAGGUGUCUUAGUGGACCCAGACUCCAUACUGUAAGUCUCCCAGGUUGUGCGCUAGUCUUGUAUCAUUGCUCUGCGCCAUACAUGUAUGUUUUGUAGCCAACUAUCAUUGCCAUGUAUGGUGCUUGGCGCAAUAGUUGGCUUCAGUACAUAUAGUAUGGCUCUAAUGGACCUGUAGUAUCAGGCCUACAUCAGGCAUAAUAACCAGUCCAUGGUUCCGGAUCCUGUGUAAAUCUGCAUCGCAGUUCAGUCAACUGAGUAGAGGUUGGUUGCUUUGUUCCCCCAUCCAAGUUUCUGUCUACCUGACAGAAUAUUAUACUUUUUUUUAGAAAAUUACAUUAUCUCUGUAUUUAAACUGUUGCAAUGUUUAAAUAUUUUCCCCAAAAUUGAUUCAUACAGUUGUUGCUUCUUUUUUUAGUCAUUUAUUUUUAUUAUUAUUAUUAUUAUUAGAAUUGGUUGUAUGUGUAAAUAUACUGUAAAAGUGACACUAUCUCUAGAACUUAUCCCACCACACUUACUCUAAUGCUCUGGAUGUAUGAUGAUGCUCUGGCAGUGCUUUGCUUAAUGUGUAUCUAAAACAUGAUCGCUGGGUCUUAUCAAUAACAGUAGAGGGUGAAAGCCUGCUAAUUCAGGUGGGCACUACUGCAGCUCUGUUUCAAGAUCCACAUUAGCGUCUUACUUAGAAUGAAUGAUUAUUGGAUGGAUCAGCCAUGUUAUGGAUUGUAUAAGUUUGACAUGGAUUAUUAUUUUAUUAUAUAUUAUUAUUACAUGGAUGUGGGUGUCCAGAUUCUAAAUAGUAUACUAGCAUGGUUAUUGAAACAGAGCCCAAUUCUGUGUGUGAAUAGAAUGUAGUAGAUUUGGGGUGGAUAAAGUGGAGCCCCGCGCCUCUCCUCGUUGUGGCAGGUGUAACCUCACACCCAUGGGGACAGCAGCCACAUCCUCCUGCUGCACCGAGGCAGGAUGUGAAGUGAAACCCACCCUAUACACUACCCCAAGGUGGAAAACCUGCCAGUUCUCUCCAAGCGUGUGUGUGUCUUGGUUGUCUGGAUGGGCCUGGAUAUAGUAUUUUAGUAGAAUAGACCUUCAACUGCUGACAAACUGUACAGAGCCAUUAGGGAGUCAUAUUGUACAGUCCCUCUCAACUCCGAAAACGUAAUGAUAAGAACUACUAACAUGAUAUUUACUGUAGCUUUUAAAACAAGUGUACUAAUAUUGUAUGAAGAUUUUUCUUUGGGGGUUCGUUUGCACAUUGUGUGAUCAAACCUGUUUUAAUUUUUCUUUUUGUGCGUGUAAUUUUUGUGCUGUAUUUUUAAAUAAUAAAAGGACACAAAAUGAUCAAAAUA